GUGGCUGUCAGGGCUGAGGUGCUGGAGGGAUGCUCUGUCUCCCCCUCUCUGCCUCUCGCUCUUUUCUCUCUCCCUCUCGCUCUCUUUCUCUCCAUCUCGCUUGCUCGCCUCCCUCUGUAUAAUCCACAUCUAGGGCAAGCUGAUUCAGAGGCAAUCCAGUGCUCAGCUCCUCUCUGCAGGCUGAGAAAAGAGAGAGAGAAAGACAUAGAAACGCUGCUUCUCAACGCAGGAGGAAAAACAGGAGGAAGAAAACGGGUUUGGAAAAAGGGAAGAGAAGUACCGAGGAAGAUUUCAUCUGAGGAUAUCAUUUAUACCUGUACAUAUUGUUUAUAUAUAUAUUUGUACACACGCAUAUAGAUAUUUAUAUACCUAUAUCUCUGUAUAUAUCUGUGUAUUUGUGCUUGUCUGUUUAUACUAAUAUUUUUAUAUGUGUUUGUGUGUGUGUGUGUAAAUAUAUAUAAACAAAUUAAUAUAUCUAUGAAUUUAUAUACAUAUCACUGUGAAACAAGAGCGGCGAGAGGAAAAUGUACCAUCGGGGCUGGUCUCUGAUUGUGUGAUCGUAUACAAUAUUUUCAAUAUUCUUUUCUUUUAUCUUCUACGUCAAGAGGAAGGAAGACUACGUACUCAUUUUUUGUUUUCCUGUUGCUACUUCCCCCCCUCCUCGCUCUUUUUUUUGUCAUCUGAGGGGAAUGAAGAGAGGAGAGUAACAGGAUUUGGAGAAAAAGGGAAAAUCUGUCGAAUUGCUGUGAUUAGUGUUAUUUCCGUCGGUAUUAGCGGUCUGCGAGCCGAUCGCAGCGUGCUGCGUGUGAUCUGAGGAGGCAGCAGAGAGAAAGUGCCACACCACGCCGCUCAGCGCCAGCCCAGCGCCAGCCCAGCCAGCAUGCACAAACACCACCACUGCUGCAAGUGCCCAGAAUGUUACGAGGUGACCCGCAUGGCCGCCCUGCGCAGGAUGGACGCCCCUCAGUACCAAGAAUGGCAGGCCGAGCCCUAUGGAUACCCGGCCGGGUACGGGCCCGGAGGCGGGCAGACCUUACCCCAGCCUCCAGUCUCAGGGGGAGGAGGAGGAGGAGGAGGAGGCAUGGGAGGAGGAGGGGGCACUCUGGGGAGAAGUAAGGGCAAGAUGACGUCUGCCGGGGGUCCCGGAGGCCCAAACCCCAAGGGCCAAUCCAAGGGCGGCACCAAGGUGAAUGGCAACAAUUCUGGUGGUCAAGCAGGUUGGUGGCCGGAGUGCACCUGUUCCAACCGGGAGUGGUACGACCAGGCGAACCCUCCCCCCGUCAUCGUCAACGCAGACUCACUGGAUGCAGGCCCUUAUGUAAAUGGCAGUGAUGGGAUGUAUAAAUAUGACGAGAUCAUCUUGGAAAGGGGUAACUCUGGCCUGGGCUUCAGCAUCGCUGGAGGGAUGGACAAUCCACACAUCCCAGAUGACCCAGGGAUCUUCAUCACCAAGAUCAUCCCUGGAGGAGCUGCAGCUAUGGAUGGCAGGCUGGGGGUGAAUGACUGUGUGCUGCGUGUGAACGAGGUGGAUGUGUCUGAGGUGGUCCACAGCCGGGCGGUGGAGGCCCUGAAAGAGGCUGGCCCUGUGGUCAGGCUGCUGGUCAGGAGAAGACAGGCCCCUCCUGAGACCAUCCUGGAGAUCAACCUGCUCAAGGGGCCCAAAGGCCUUGGCUUCAGCAUCGCUGGGGGGAUCGGCAACCAGCACAUCCCUGGAGACAACAGCAUCUACAUCACAAAGAUCAUUGAGGGCGGGGCCGCGCAGAAAGACGGACGGCUGCAGACCGGAGACCGCCUGCUAGCUGUGAACAACAUCAUCCUGCAGGACGUGCGUCACGAGGAAGCGGUGGCGGCGCUGAAGAACACUUCUGACAUGGUCUACCUCAAGGUGGCCAAGCCCGGACCCGUGCACCUCAACGACAUGUACGCCCCUCCGGACUACUCCAGCAGUCUGGCCCUCCCCGCCCUCCCUCCAGCCUUCCCCACCAUGGUGGACAACCACGUCAGCCACAACUCAGGCAUAGCCUACAUGGGAGCUAUGGAGCCCAAGCCCGUCUACAGCCAGCCCCCCCAGGUCACGCCCUCCAGGUACUCCCCAGACCCCCGUCACAUGCUGGGUGAGGAAGACUUCACCAGUCCCGCCCCGCGCCCUGACGCUGUUGCUCUGUUUGGCAGGGAGCCGCGGAAGGUGCUGCUGCACAAGGGCUCCACGGGGCUGGGCUUCAACAUCGUAGGCGGCGAGGAUGGAGAGGGCAUUUUUGUCUCCUUCAUCCUGGCCGGAGGACCAGCAGACCUGAGCGGAGAGCUCAGAAGGGGAGACCGCAUCCUCUCGGUGAAUGGUGUGAACCUGCGGAACGCCACCCACGAGCAGGCAGCUGCAGCGCUGAAGAGGGCCGGCCAGACGGUCACCAUCAUCGCCCAGUACCGACCAGAAGAGUACAGCCGGUUUGAGUCCAAGAUCCACGACCUGAGGGAACAGAUGAUGAACAGCAGCAUGAGCUCUGGGUCGGGCUCCCUGCGCACCAGCGAGAAACGCUCCCUCUAUGUCAGAGCUCUGUUUGACUACGACCGGACCAGAGACAGCUGUCUGCCCAGCCAGGGCCUGAGCUUCUCGUAUGGGGACAUCCUGCAUGUCAUCAACGCCUCCGAUGACGAGUGGUGGCAGGCGCGCCUGGUCACACCCCACGGGGAGAGCGAGCAGAUCGGGGUCAUUCCAAGCAAGAAAAGGGUGGAGAAGAAAGAGCGAGCGAGGUUAAAAACAGUCAAGUUCCACGCCAGGACGGGCAUGAUCGAGUCCAACCGGUCAAUCAAAAUAAAGCGCAAAAAAAGCUUCAACCUCUCACACAAGUUCCCGUUUUACAAGAGCAAGGAGAAUAUUGUGCAGGAGAUGGAGUCUGAACAAUGCCUGACGUCAAACACCAGCGACAGUGAAAGCAGCUCAAAGGGCCAGGAAGACACAAUUCUCUCAUACGAGCCAGUGAUUCGACAGGAGAUUCAUUACACGAGGCCUGUGAUCAUCUUAGGCCCAAUGAAAGACCGAGUUAACGAUGAUCUGAUUUCAGAGUUCUCUCACAAGUUUGGCUCCUGCGUUCCUCACACGACACGUCCGCAGCGGGAGAACGAGAUGGACGGCCAGGACUACCACUUUGUGGGCUCGCGGGAGCAGAUGGAGAAGGACAUUCAGGAUAAUAAGUUCAUUGAGGCGGGCCAGUUCAACGAGAACCUCUAUGGGACCAGCAUCUUGUCUGUCAGAGCAGUGGCCGAGAGGGGAAAACAUUGUAUCCUGGACGUGUCUGGGAACGCUAUAAAGCGACUGCAACAAGCACAACUUUAUUCGAUUGCAAUUUUCAUCAAACCAAAAUCCAUUGAAGCUCUUAUGGACAUGAAUAAGAGACAGACUUACGAGCAAGCUAAUAAAGUCUUUGAUAAAGCAAUUAAGCUUGAACAAGAGUUUGGAGAAUUUUUCACAGCCAUUGUACAGGGUGAUUCGCUAGAGGAGAUCUACAACAAAAUCAAGAUGAUCAUCGAGGAACAGUCGGGCCCCUACAUCUGGAUACCUUCUUCAGAGAAGCUCUGAGCUCCCCAGCUGUAACCCUCUGUCGGCGCAGAGCCCCCCCCCCCACACCCCGCCCAUCCCCCGAAGAGCUCCUCCCUCCCCCUUUUUUGCAGAUAUGUUUCAUAUCAAGUUUUAGUGUCAUCAUUAUGUUAAUCUCAAAUGAAAACAAGUCUUAUCACCAUUUCUGUGACUGUGCACACCCCUGCAUGAGUUUCUCAGCAAAUCCAUUCAAGACUGGAAAUGCCAUUUCAAAUGAAUUUGUCAUUUUAAAACAAAACAAGGGAAAAGCAAAAUGAAUCGUUCUUUGUGAAAUGGGACUGACAGUUGAAGAUCAGAAUGUUUUACAGACGACGCUGGAGUGAGGAGGAGUUAGGGAUUCAGGAGAAGUUGCAGGGGAACGGAGCCCAAUCAUACAAGUUGGAACACUUUGUAAAUGUUCAUCAAAUCACAUUUUAAAAAAAGACACGCAAGAUGAGAAGCAAAGACCACUUAGGUUGUUUUUUUUCUACAAGGACUGGAUAAUAUCAAGCCCAGCUGAUGGUACUGUUGGAGUUAUCGCUCUUCUUUGUAAUUACUGAAGAAAUUGGUGGAGAAGCCUACAGACUGGUGAUCUACCAGCUUGCUGUUUGAUCAGCUGCCAGUUGUUGGUGCUGCAGCUGAUACAGACCUCUUGGGAGGCAGAACCAAUGGAAGAAAUUAGUUAUGAAUCUCUACAUUUAUAUAAUGAAAUCACAAGGUAAAUUAUCAAAUCCUACUGCGAUUUUACUACAUAUUAAAAACUACACGUUUUACACUUCA